CAUCGUUGAGCUCGUGUGAUCACCUUCAUUGUAAAUGCGGCACCAUGUCUCAUCGACGUCCAGCGAGACAAGUGUUCGAUCCGGCAUCGGUUCCCCGUCCACGGUCCUCUUCGAGCAGAAUCGCCCCAGCCAGAUGCUGCUGUUUGAGCUUCAUUCUAGUGUGCACCGUCAUAUUUCUAUACGGCCUUGCUUUUGUAGCAAAGACGUUCGUUGAGGUCGCUCGCAACUUGGCUUCGCCCCAUCAAGACAUCACAGCCGAGAGCACUGAGUCCCAUAAAGUAAAGCCUCUAGUCAACAGCUCUUCUUCAUUCGACGUCUUGGCGACCGUUUGGCUCGAUGUGACUGAGCAUCUUGCGGCUGGCCUGCUUCUGCCCCCGGAGACGGCCGUCGUCACAUACGAAGCUCCUCCCGGGAAUCGACGAUCCGAAGCAAUCUUGUUCAGCGGGCCUAUUAUCGAAAACGUAACCAUGUCUGAGCGCGCCCACGGCAACGCAAAAGUGAAGAUACCGAUCGAGCCUCUUUACUCGCAGAACCUAGGACCGUCGACGUUGCGAGCUACGUUUAAAAUCCGGCCAUACGGUAUCGAGUCUUUAGGGAGAUUGAAUUCUUCCCUUGUGAUUUAUCCUCCUGGCUUACCGAUCGGCCCUCGUUCGCCAACGUCGCCGCUGCUACACGAAACCAGGCUCAUUAAUGGCACCUGGACGCCGCGCACGAUCUCCGAGGCCUUGGAGCAUUCGUCUGUUAACGCCAACCUACUGACGCUGCUUCCCAGCAAAUGGCGACUGGAAGAUGUGACGCCAAAUAAACGAGAGGCAGGAGUCAAAGUUCUCAAAGAUGCUCACUUCGACAAGUCGGAGGCCAACGUCGCUUUCACCGAGAACAAAAAGGUCAACGGGUCCAGUCGACACCUCUACGUCGACGAAGAACAGCGCCUAAUGAUUCCUCAUCUGCUCGCUCGUAGCCGACUUGUCCUUGUCAAGGAAGAGCGAAGCCUUCAGGCUGCCGAAUACAUGAAAAGACGAAAGGAGGCUGCAGAUCAACUGUCCGCUACGUGUAAGCCGUCGAGCAGAGUUGACAGCCACGAAACGGUCGCGGAGCACUCUGGGCUUUGCUCGAGGCCUUAUCAUUCUUCACUGUUCGAGAACUUCAUCAGCACUAUGACCGAGGAAGAAGGCCAUCUGAAUUUGUUCUACGCCCCUUUCCUUAUUCAACAGCAACGAGCGCUCGCGUCGCGCCACUACAGGACGCUGCCCCUCUCCAGACCAUUACCGGGCAGCGCGUCAAAAGUCACCACGACGGUUGAAAGGAAGGAGUGUCUCAUUCCGUUGGUCGAAAUCGACGACAGCGGUGAUUUCGUUCUCUUCGACUGGCACGUUUCUUUCUCGUCUCAUAAUCACAUGCGCGCCUCUCUGCCAGACGAUAUUCAUUGGAUCCGCCAGCUCAGCCCAGGUAUAAAUGUCACCAUGGCAGGCCUGCCCGAGAGUCCCAGGGUCAACGCUAGUGUAGAAGACGACAUCCAAUGGCAGGUUCGAGCAUACAGGUUUGGCGAUCGGGAGCAUCAGAACAGCCGGCCGACGCUCGUCUUGUUGAGUGCUGUGCUUGAGACUCUCGUCUCCAUCCUUGCAAGAGCUUUAACAUCUUUCUACUGGUACACACGCGCCACAACCUGUGGCCUAUCCAGCCGCGGUCAGUGGAUGUUGCUUUGCUCGUUCUGCUUGCAGCUCUAUCUACAGGCUCCUACACCCUGGGACCUUAGCCUUGCCGGACUCGUCACGACCUUCUUGUUUCUGGUCUUUUCGAUUCGGCUUCCUUUGCAGCUUUGGGUCCUUCUCAGACUAGAGUACGACAAGUCUCGAAAGCUGUUGAGAAUCCAAAGGCGCCCUGCCGGUACGCGAGAGAGGGCGACAAAUCGACUCGAUGGCCAAUUUGGCUGGAUCAUACCCGUGUCUCUGCUCUUGUUCUUGACGAGCACAAUGAUCCUCGUCAAACCGCACACGCUAGCGGUCAAAUCUGCACAAGGCUGCUCACCCACUGUCAAAAAAGAUCGUCGAGUAUUUGCGUCACACCUCUCAUUCAUCCUCUACGUGUCAGGCGACAUUCUGCAAAUGUGGCACAACCACAGGUCCGGCCUCUUUGCCGGCAAUUUUAAGCUCACCGAGGUCAUCGGCCUAGCGUCUUUGGUUCUCGCUAUGUCAGUUCACCACGUCGAGUUCAUUGGGGGCUGGCAACCAAGGCGUGACGCCGUCAGCUUGACCCAAGUCGGGUCAUACCUUCUAGCUUCCCUCAGUCUGUACCAAGCUCUUACCUAUCCUGGGGUGCGACAAGACGUGGACGAUGAAGACAGAGACCUGUAAUCAACGGCCAUCACGAUCCCCCUCCCUUUUUUUAAACCAAUUUAGGGGGUUGGUGCCAAACAUGAAGUUGUCCAUCCAAAGUGCGAUAAUUACAUCUCGGCUUGUG